GUGGUGUGGUCCAUUCUUUCGCUGCUGAUCCUACGCUAUCGUCGAGUGUGUUUUCCGCGCGUACAGUACAGUAGAUAUCAUGGCUGAUAAGGUUCGUGUCUGCAUCGUCGGCUCCGGAAACUGGGGAUCGGCCAUUGCCAAGAUUGUGGGCGUCAAUGCCAAGCGACUGUCCACGUUCGAGGACCGUGUCACGAUGUACGUGUACGAGGAGAUGAUCGACGGCAAGAAGCUAACGGAAAUCAUCAACACGACGCACGAGAACGUCAAGUACCUGCCUGGACACAAGCUGCCCGAGAAUGUCGUCGCUGUUCCGGAUGUCGUGGAGGCAGCGAAAGAUGCCGACAUUCUCAUCUUUGUCGUGCCGCAUCAGUUCAUCCGUGGACUGGGCACGCAGCUGCUCGGCAAGAUCAAGCCCACGGCCGUCGGCCUGUCCCUAAUCAAGGGCUUCGACGUUGCCGAGGGCGGUGGCAUGGAGCUGAUCUCGCACCUGAUCACGAAGCAUCUGAAGAUUCCGUGCUCGGUGCUGAUGGGCGCCAAUCUGGCCGGUGAGGUAGCGGAAGAAAAGUUCUGCGAGACGACCAUCGGUUGUCGGGAUAUGAAGAUUGCGCAGACGCUGCGUGAUCUCUUCCAGACGCCCAACUUCCGUGUAGUCGUGGUGGACGAUGUCGAUGCGGUGGAAAUUUGCGGCGCGCUUAAAAACAUUGUGGCUUGUGGUGCAGGAUUUGUUGACGGUAUGGGAUCCGGUGAUAACACGAAGGCGGCCGUUAUUCGGUUAGGUCUGAUGGAGAUGAUCAAAUUUGUGGAUGUGUUCUACCCGGGCAGCAAACUGUCGACGUUCUUCGAGAGCUGUGGUGUCGCUGAUCUCAUCACUACAUGUUACGGUGGCCGUAAUCGCAAAGUGUCGGAAGCGUUCGUGAAGACGGGCAAAACGAUCAAGCAGCUGGAGGAUGAGAUGCUCAAUGGACAGAAGCUGCAGGGCCCGAUCACUGCCGAGGAGGUUAACUUUAUGCUGAAGAGUAAAGGGAUGGAGGAUAAAUUCCCGCUGUUUACCGCCAUCCAUAAAAUCUGUACUGGUCAGGUUAAGCCGCAAGGAUUCCUGGACUGUCUGCGCAACCAUCCGGAGCACAUGAUACCAUCGGCAAAGCUCUAGAGAAAAAAAGCACGUUGUUAUUCACACAAUAAAGUUGCCAUUUCUCUAUCUUUGCAAUAAGAAUAACACAAUCACACACAU